AUGUCGUUCUACCGAUUUGGACUCUUCGAGCAACACCAGCAGCAACAGCAACAGCAACAGCCAAACUCACGACCACACGGAAAGGACGAUAGUAUCGACGGCAAUAAUGGAUGGAAGAGUUCAUCAGGAACAUCCAUCAACGAGUACGUCCAGCAAGCCAUUAAAGUGCGCUCGCAAUUGGCUCUGUUGUAUUGGAAUUCCAGUGGAUCUCUGGCACUGCCUCCAUUGAUAGAACAGUGCCAGUUCCGAAACUACACUGAAGCCGGUCUGUGGCCUUUUUACUUGCAAAACCUCCUAAUCACUCCCGGAGAACAAAAAUUGGCGCUCUAUCCCACGUCGGAUCUCAACAAUUACGAUCAUUACAAUUGGUCCGUUCCGUCUCCCAUUCCCCUCAUUGCUCAUUCUCUCCCAAUGGAAAUUGUCAAUCAUCUCGGCGACAAGUAUCAUUGGAUCUUCUUUUUUCCCACGCCCUACGAACUGAGGGGCGACGGAAAACGCCAUGUCGAUCGGAUCGUCGGAAAAACUGGUCCUCCCUUUGACGUUCCAUUUGAAAAACGCAAAUCCCAAAUCAUUUAUAGGGGCAAUCACAAUAGUCAAAAAUACGUCUUGAAACAUCAACGUUCUAAAAUCAUGAGCAUGGGAGAAAAUCCCAACAAUCAAAAAUGGCUCAAUGCCACCAAAACAUGGCCCAGUCGCGGAUUAUCCCAAGCCGAUCAAUUGUGGCACAAGUACUUGUUGGAUAUUGGAGGCAUAUCCGGGACCACCUGGACGGGUCUUCGAUGGAAAUUGUGUUCCAACUCGUUGGUAUUCAAGGUCGAUUCGGGGUAUGCCGAUUGGUGGCAUUUUCUAUUAAAACCGUACGAACAUUACGUUCCCGUCAAACGCGAUUUGAGUGAUUUGAAAGCCCAAUUUGAUUGGGCCGAAGAACAUCCCGAGCAGGUCAAAAAGAUUACCCAAAAGGCCCUGCAAGUGUGUUUGCAAACCACCGAUCGCAAGUACAUGCGGCAUUAUACCCGGAAACAAAUCGAAUCCAUGCCAUCACCCACCCAGGAUCAAAUGGGACAAUAUUACAAUCUCCUCGAAGACAGUCGACGACGACUCGAACUAGGCCAACCUGCUGCGCUCUUUGACAAGGACAAACGAUUCACACGAGAAAAACAUCAGUGUCCUCCAAAGUUGACGCCAGAGAACAUGUAA